CCUCGACGCACAGAACCACAAAGCAAACCAAGGAAACGAGCGAAGAUGCGUCGCGAGGGACGGCAGCGAGGGUGGGUGCGCGUGUACGACCGCGAGCUGGUCGACCCGGAGGGCAAGCGCCGGGCCGUGCACGUCGUUGAGGGGCCGGCGGUGGCCAACGGCGGGUUCAUCAGGGCGCCGCGGAAGCCGACCAACCAGUCCAAGUCCGGCGGCCUCCGCGCGCUCGGCAGGAGCGGCAUGGCGCAAGAGGAGGAGGAGGAGCCGCAGACCCUUCCGCCGACGAUGGCCGGGCGAUUCGGAUACUACUACUCGACGGGAUGGUAGUCGCCGUUCAAGUACGAGUCCGCCAUGUACAAGGAAGUGGAGAUCCGUCCGGCGGCGGCAGCGCGCUUCGGGGGAAGAUCGUCGUGCAAGGCGGGGCGCAAGUUCAGGCACGACGAGGUCAAGAAGUACUACCUCGACGCGGCCGACGUCCUCGACGGGCAGCUCGAUUAUCUUCGUGACUUUGAUUCAUGAGCACUCAGAACGGAGGUGCAUUGUCCCUAUGCCAGCAGAAGGAUUUUUGUUUUUGCUUGUAAGUUCGACAUGAGGAGUUGUAUACUGAAUCCAGUGAUGUACUCCCUCCGUUCCAAAAUA